AUGAUUGCACUUUUUUUAGGACUUCAUUUUACUUUAUUGCGGUUCCUUUUUUAUUGGACUCUUUACGCAAUCUAUACUUCCAUUUGCUAUAUUUUCGAAUUGAAAUUAUCAAUAUUAGAGUACCUUCUUCCUAUUAUUUUUGAAGUAAUUUAUAUAAUUGUUUAUACAACAUUGUCCCUAAAAUGGUAUUUAAUUUCAUAAUUGUUCAACCUACUUUGGAAUUUGAUAUCAAUAGCCUGUAUGAUCAUUUCGCAAAUAUUUACAUUUUUGGUAUUAAAGAAACCCUAGUAAAGUGCACAACCUGACUUAACAUUGGGGUAGUUUGCAAUUUCUGGUGUCAUAAUAUUUGCAUUAAUUUUGACAUUGAAAUACUAAUUUGAAGAAGGAUGGUCAAAUGAAAUUAGUUAGUACUAUCGAUAACGGAGAUAAGCAAGGUCUAGGAUCCCAAAUAGCUAUUACACAAAUUACUAUUUUGGGUAGACUUAAUCAUAUGCUCCAACAAGUUCCUAUUCUCCAAAACAACCUAGAAGUUAUUCUCAAAAUAAUCGUCAAUAAUCUCAAAAAAAAAAUAAUAGACAAUUUGAGGAAGAGGAAAGGAAAAACUAAUUAACUUUAGAACUAAACGAAAAUAGAGAAAUGAUGAGAUGCCUAUACUAAAACAAGGCUAAUCUCUACUAGUUAAAAAAGAACAAAGAAAUAACAAAGUCAGAAUUAAAGUCUGCUAUGGAAAUAUAUGAUGAAAAAAUAGAGGUCCUGCAAAUAACAGGCAAGGCACUAUUUCUUAAUCUUAUAAAUGUUUAGGAUGGCUUGUGUCGAGUGGAUUUUCAUAAUUUUUAUAAAGCGGAAAUAAAGGGUUUGGUGGAUGGAUUACUAUAGAAAAUUCGAUUGUAUUAAUACGAGGAGGGUUGGCGAUAAGUCAAACUUAAAAUAAUUGUGGGGAAAGGUAUAAUAUUUGUUAUAGAAUUUUAGGGAAUCAUUCGAAAAAUGGUAUUCCUGUGAUAGGACCGUUGACUUAAGAAUUAUUAAACUAGUACUUAUAGGAGGAUGUGGAAAUAAGGAAUGGGGUUAUAGAGGUAUAAGUUUGA